UCUUAUUUGACUUUCUUCACUUCUCCUCUCACCAAAUAUCUCACCAACACACCCCGUUAUACAUAUACCCUGUAUGUAUAUUCUAUUAAUAUAUACAUACAUAUGUAUGUAUAGAUAGAUAGAUAAAGAGAGCGUGUGUUUGAUUUUAGAUAGAAGGAAGACUUGAAGCGGUUGUUAUAUAUAUCUUUGCUGACACGUUUGUUUUAAAUGUGUGUUGAAUAGUUUGUUGUGUGGAUACAUACGAUGGGGGCUUGCUUGUCCACGCCGGAGAGUUGCGUCUCGUCGAAAAGAAAGUUCCGGCGACGGAAGAAAGGCUUCAGUCGUCGUGUUUCCACUCGUUUUUCCGAUCAAUUGAAGUCUAACCCCUCCGAUCGGUCCAUCGCUAAUCCUACUUUUCGCGCAGGGAGCACUGAUGAGUCUUGGUAUGAUUCUGCAGCAGUUCUUGAAUCUGACUGUAGUGAAGAAGAUUUCCAAAGUGUUCUUGAUGAUGUAGUGUCUUUAAACGGCUCAGAAGGUGCUUCAAGGGCAAGCAUUGCUUCUCUCAGGGAUGUCACUCAUGGAGACGGAGAGAGUCGUAGAAGUACGGCCCUUCCAGAAGAAACGAACCCCAGAGGCCCUAACGAAAUCCGGCCCGUAUACCUUGAUGAGAUAUCUUCUUCUGUAGACGAGAGUACCGGAAGAGAAGAUGGUUUGUUAGACUGCGGAGUUAUUCCCAGCAAUUGUCUGCCUUGUCUCGCGGCCACGGUUCCUUCGGUGGAGAAACGAACAUCUUUAAGUUCUAGCCCAUCGAGUGCACGCAAGAAGCCUGUACAUAAACUUUCAUUUAAGUGGAAAGAUGGGCAUCCUAAUGCCAAUAUCUUUUCUUCGAAGAUGCAGCUGCAAAGACCGAUAGCCGGUUCGCAAGUCCCGUUCUGCCCGGUGGAUAAGACAGUGCUUGAUUCUUGGUCACAUAUUGAACCGAAGACUUUCAGGGUACGCGCGGAGAAUUAUUUGAGGGAUAAAAAGAAGGAACAUGCUCCUAAUUAUGCAGCGUAUUAUCCGUUUGGCGUUGACGUGUUCUUAUCUCAAAGGAAAAUUGAUCACAUUGCUCGGUUUGUUGAGCUCCCUGCCGUUAGUUCUUCCGGAGAACUACCUUCUAUUCUUGUUGUAAAUGUACAGGUCCCGUUGUAUCCUGCUGCGUUCUUCCAAGGAGAAAUAGACGGUGAAGGAAUGAAUAUCGUUUUGUACUUCAGACUUUCCGAUGGUUACUCAAAGGAGCUUUCAAGCCAGUUUCAAGAUAACAUGAGGAGGAUUUUGGAUGACGAAAUUGAAAAAGUCAAAGGUUUCCCUGUUGAUACACUAGUACCAUUUCGCGAAAGGUUGAAAAUAUUGGGUCGGGUUGUAAACGUUGAGGACCUUCAGUUGAAUGCACCCGAGAGGAAACUUAUGCAUGCUUAUAAUGAAAAGCCCGUGCUUUCACGUCCACAGCAUGAAUUCUACCAAGGAGAGAAUUACUUUGAGAUUGAUUUGGAUAUGCAUAGAUUUAGUUACAUCUCCAGGAAAGGGUUUGAAGCAUUCCAAGAUCGACUAAAGAACUGCAUUUUGGAUGUCGGCCUCACAAUUCAGGGUAACAAAGCGGAGGAAUUGCCAGAGCAGAUCUUGUGUUGUGUAAGGUUAAAUGGUAUUGAUCGCAUGAGAUAUCACAUGUUGGCGGUAAAUCAAGAGUCGGUUUGAUAAGUUUGUCGAUAAUGUAAGGUUCCAACUAGAUAUCUGAUGAUUAACAUCUAAAAAUGAUUUUAUUUCUUUUUUUUUUUCAUCCUGUUAUCUUCUUUUGGGAUAUGUUGCUUCUAAACAUUCGUGUGCACAGCUCGUAGGAUAAAACUGCUUAGAAGUUAGAACAUAGGUCAAGUUUAACCAUGUUAGUGAUCCCAAAGCUGUUAACGAUCUUAAUGCAUGCGUGCACGGUUCAACUGAA